GGUCGUAUUAUAUUUUAUUACACACACAGAAACAAACAAAAAUAACAAAAUAUAUAUAAAAUGUUCUGAGACAGCACUACGGAAGCUCUUGGCAUUGUAAUCCGGGUUUUGUAGUACAUUAUGAGUAGUGUAGUGUGAGAAGGAUGAGUCAUUUCUUCACCCUUAAAACCUUCGCCUUUUUUUCAUUUCCCACUUUAGAAAUUCAGAUCGCAAGUUUUUUGUUCAUAGUUCACCUCGUAGAUGGAUGAGUUUGUUUGAGGCUUAAAACUCUUUUCAAUGAGCCUUUAAAAAACUAACUGGUUUUUACACCAGUAAACUUUUUUUCAUAUCCGGUCCGGUUUUGGCUUUACCGCAAUCUGAAGUCGUUUUGAUGUAAUUAUUUUUCGGUUUUAAAAUGAAAACAUUAACGGAACUAUUGAGCAAGUAGCCAGAAAACGGCGCCAAAAAAGGAAGGACCGGAAGUUUACUAAUAUUCACCUGACCUAUCUGGCAAAUAAAUUGUAAGCCAAUGUAGUUUGUUGUUGUUAUUUUAAAAACGCUGAACGUCCGGACAGAUGGACCCAAAGGGACCCUCGCUUUAUGCACAGGCAGGCUCCUCCGCAGAUAUGACACGAAGCAUAGAGGAAGAGCCUUUGGUGGAUGGGCCCCUGAUCUCUGUUGAUGCCCUCCACUCUGCCAUCAGGAGAGAGUUUCAGACUGUGCCAACACACUGCCAUGCCAUCCUGCUGACUCUGCUGAAUGUUGUUUAUGUUGUGUUGUCUGUCUGCGUGGCAGUGCUGUGUGUAUUAAAAUUCGGCCAAGAGGAAGUGUGUAAGAGUAUUUUGGGGAGAGUCCAAGGCGACAGCGUCAUCGUGUUCGCAAAGUCGUGUUUAUGGAUUCUGGUGCUGGUGUUCACAGGCUGCGUGCAUCACCACCACAGUCGUGCUCGGAGCAGAGGAUACCUGCGGUUUUACAGACAAACGCAGAGGCUGAAACAGGUGCCGUUCAUCAUACACUCUGCAGGAAACGCUCUGCUUAUGACUCUUCUGGCUGCGAGAUUACCACAGACUGUACACGUCUACGUGCUGCUCAGUAUUCUGGGAUUUGAGGUCUUGUUGACAUUGCCAUACCUGCUGUAUUACAUAGUUAAAGUGAUGCGGUUCAACAGAGAGCGCGCUGCACCAGAUGUGAGCCAGGAAGAGCUUUCACACACCUACAGCGUCACCAACGCACCGACUGAGACGGGCUUCAGAGGAAGCUCUAAUCUGGAGGAGGUGGUGGAGAAACAGGCCGAUCUGAUCGAGUACCUGAAACAGCACAACACCAUACUGAGCAAGAGGCUGCUCAACCUCACCGCACAGCACUAACCGCAGUUUGGCCUCCUCCUCGAUGCCAGACGAGGACACCCUCCAACACUCUGGGGAAAAAGAGCCUGAUCAUUUAACUCUACAAGGAAUUUUAAAAAAGCAAUUGGAGGCUUUAAAAGAAGGGGAAGCUGUGGGCAAAUGCACCUGUACACACAGACUGAGUGAGAGGGCUCCUCUGUGGGGCAUCUUCACCUGAAAUGGACAGAUAAUGGAGGAGGAGGUGAACUGAAAGCGGGAGGGCAGUUAAAGAGGCAGAGGGGAGAAGUCGUGGGUCACAGAUCAGAGGUGGGCGGGGGGGGGUUAUCACUGUGCCACGACCCCCGGUGACCCACGUGUGCUGCCGCUUUUUGUUGCUGUGAAAGAAACAGAGCGGUGAAAUUGUUCUAAAGAUCAUCUUCACCGAGCAGGGAGAGGUUGUCACUUAUCAGCAUCAAACUAAACGAGAGCGGUUAAACCAUGCUGUAAAACGUGUAAGUGCUUUUUAUGUAUCUAAAAAUGUGUGUGCCGGUGGUUUAUUUGGGGAGUGUGUUUCUUUGUUCAGUCACUGGAAUCGUUUGUGAUCAGAUUUCAAUAAAUCUUUAAUAUUCUUGUGA